AUGAAUCCGAUUCCUAAUUGGGUAUUUGUUCUUUCGUUGUUCUUGCUUCUUAACGGAAUGGAAUCGGUUAAGGUCGAUGCUAUCGAUGCGUUAGUCGGGUUUUUCGAAAGUCUUUCCGGGAACUCUUCGAUUCCGAUUCCGGUCUCCGGUUGGAAUCUCACUUCCGAUCCUUGUGAAGCUAAAUGGACGGGAAUCAUUUGCCAUGAUGAAAUAUCCAUCAAAAACAAUAAUCUACACGGGGACGAUUUCGACACGAUUGCUAAUUGCAAGGAACUUACUCACUUAUACAUUAGUGGAAACCAAUUUGUGGGUAACCUUCCGGAAACUCUUUCCCAAUUGAACAAUCUCAAAAGACUCGGGAUUUCAGAUAAUGGGUUCUCGGGGGAUUUACCGAAUUUGCCCCGAAUAUCGGGCUUAAUCGAGAUUUUAGCCCAAAACAAUCAACUCUCUGGGCCCAUACCCGGAUUUGAUUUCUCAAAUCUAGCAUCUUUUAAUGUAUCCAAUAAUAAUUUAUCGGGCCCGGUCCCACCCGGGGGUGACCGUUUUACCCCCGCUAGCUACCUUGGGAAUCUUGGAUUAUGUGGCGAUCCGUUACCAAAUGAAUGUGAAGUCCCAGGACCCACAAGCCCACAUGCGGCCCAAACCUCGGAUAACUCAAAAAAGAACGGGUCAAAUUCGACUGAAAUCUUGAUGUACUCGGGCUAUGCUCUCAUUGGUUUAGCCAUUUUGCUCUUGAUUAUGCUCAAGAUAUGUAAAAAAGGAAAAAAGAAGAAAGAAGAGUUGGUGGAAGAAGGUGAUGAUGAUAACUAUCGAUCGAAAGACGAAAAUGCCCUUGAAUCUAUCGAAUUCAAAAGCAUUACAAUGAGUAAAUCCGAGGUUUUUGGUGGGAAUUCGAUCGAGAGUGGGCCCGUUUCUUCUUCUUUGAUUGUUCUCACGAGCCCGGAAGUUAAUGGGUUGAAAUUUGAAGAACUUUUGAAGGCACCCGCGGAGUUGUUGGGGAGAGGGAAGCAUGGGAGUGUUUAUAAGGUGAAAUGUGAAGAACAAGGAAUGACUCUUGCGGUUAAAAGGAUUAAAGAUUGGUUGUUACCUUCGGAUGAUUUUAAGUUAAGAAUGAAAAGAUUGAAUCAUGUGAAGCAUCCGAAUGUGUUGCCGGUUGUUGCAUUUUAUUGUUCGCGACAAGAGAAGCUUAUGGUUUAUGAGUAUCAACCUAAUGGAAGUCUCUUUAAGCUCCUUCAUGGAAUGCCAAUGGGUCAAACAUUCGACUGGAGCAGCAGGCUCGGAGUUGCAUCCACCAUUGCCGACGCUUUAUCAUUCAUGCAUGACGAGCUUCAUCCAGACAACAUCCCUCAUGGAAACCUAAAAUCCUCAAACAUUCUCUUCAACAACAACAUGGAAGCUUGCAUCAGCGAAUAUGGUCUAAUGUCAGUUAACAAUUUCAAUAAUUCCCCAAUCCCCAACAACAACACCUUGCAACUCGAUCAAAUCGAUGGAUUCAGAGGCGAUAUUUAUGCAUUUGGGGUUAUUCUUCUUGAGCUUUUAACCGGAAAGAUGCCGAUGGUGGAAAACAACGGGAUGAAUCUCGCGACGUGGGUGGUUUCGGUGGUCAAAGAAGAAUGGACGGUGGAGGUGUUUGACCGAGCACUGAUUCGGGAAGGAGCAAGUGAAGAAAGGAUGGUGAAUUUGUUGCAGGUUGCAAUCAAAUGCGUUGACAAAUCGCCGGAGUCGAGGCUGAACAUUAAUCAAGUUGCAGGUAUGAUUAAUAACAUCAAGGAAGAUGAUGAAAGAUCGAUUGAUGUUUCGGAGUCUCCCUUUGAUGCAAGGAAAUAAGGGGGAUUAGAAGUGUUGAAAAUGUUUUUUUUAAUAUGAGAUAUUUUGAAUUUGGGUUUUGAUUUUCGUGGGUGUUGGUGCUUUCUAUAUAGAACAUUGUGUGUUUAGGGU